CAGCUUAUCUCCUUAUAAAACCUUCAUCAAAUACUAUCUAAAGAGGAAAACUAUAUACCCAUAUCCAUAAAGAGGAAGAAAAAGAAGCUUAAUAUCAACUAGCAAUGGCAGAUCAACAAAGAAUCCAUCCAGUCACUCAAGAUGUAGAAGCGCCACAACCGCCUACAGCUCCAUUAAUGCCUAGAAAUGCUUCAAAGUCUGAUAAAGGCGAUCCUGCGGUGGAAGAGAACCGAUAUCCGCCGUUUCAACGUACUCUUCCGGUCAUCCACUCAAAACCACCCAAGAAAAGAAGAAGCUGUUUCUGCAGAUGCUUGUGUUGGACACUUAGUCUAAUCUUGCUUAUCAUAGUCAUAGUCGGAAUCAUAGCCGGAAUCUUAUACUUAGUUUUCCGGCCAAAACUGCCGAAAUAUUCCAUUGAUGGAUUGCAAAUAACUGAGUUCAAUCUUUCUACAGAUUCAAGCUUAUCUGCUGCAUUUGAUGUGAGAAUUACUGCAGAAAACCCGAACAAGAAAAUUGGUAUUUAUUAUGAAGGAGGGAGCCAUAUAGGCGUAUUGUAUUUAGGGACAAAACUAUGUGAAGGGUCACUGCCCAAAUUUUAUCAAGGACAUAGGAAUAUAACUGUCCUUAAUGUCCCUUUGCAAGGGCAGACACAGGAUGCUUAUGGACUAUUUACAUCUCUUCAGCAGCAGCAACAGGAGAAUGGAGUUAUUCCUUUGAACCUUAGGGUUAAGCAGCCUGUUAGAGUGAAGCUUGGGAAGUUGAAGCUGAUGAAGGUGAAGUUCUUGGUUAAGUGCAAGUUAGAUGUGGACAGUUUAUCUACUGCUAAUGAUAUUAGGAUUAGAAAUAGCAGUUGUAAGUUUAGAUUAAGAUUAUAAAUUAAUUAAGUCAUAUAUUUUUUUUAUUUAUUAUGUAUUUUUAUACAUGCCCAUGGGAGGGUCAGGAUGAUUUUUUUUUUUUGGAGUUUUUUAUCUCAUUUUCAUAAAAAUGGAGGAUUAUUUAUGUUAUUUUUUCCUCCAUCUCAUAUUUAUAGCUUGUACUUGGUAUUAUAUUUAAUUUAUUCAGGCAUAUAUAUACAUAGUUUUAUAUAUUA